GUUUCUCCCGGGAGCGCCAGUUUGGCUGCCCCCACACCAUCCUGCAGAUUGGCCGGAGCUCCGAGUGGUCAGUGGGUCAGUGCCAGGCCUCGCAGCUCCUCACCUGUCUGCUGUACACAGCCGCUCUGGCCAGACACAAGUUUGGGGACAACGUGCGCAUUCUGCCCGAGCCAAUCAGCAUCCAGCACGUGUCGAUGCAACCCACAGGCUUCCUCCUCACGUUCUUUCAGCUCAACACGCUGGACCUGGACAACAGCGAGGCCGGCGUGAAAAAUCUGGUGUGGACAGCCGACAAGUGUCAGCUGUUUGAGAAGAUUCUGGGACAGCCCUGGAUGCCACAGCCGCUCAAGCGAGACCGCCUUGUCCACUUUGACGGGGCCGCUUUUGAGCCGUUUUUAGCCGCCUAUCUCAACGGGUGUCCAGAGUUGGCGUCCAGUGCAUCGUAGCUUGUUUUAAAUAGAAAAAAUUAAUUAAUAAA